GUGGGGAAAUGGAAAUCAUUCUGGUCUUGGAUUCGCAGGCCAAUCAGAGAAGUAGAGAGGUGAUUCAGGUGAAAAGAAAAAGCGGAGACGGAGAGGUGAAGCCAUGGAGCUGGAGGGGUUAAGAUAAAAAUAUAUAAAAUAGAAUAAAAGGGAAGGGAGGAGAGAAAAAAGCAACGACAGCGAAGCAGGAGGCGAUGAAGUAGCGUUAUUUAAGGAUUUUUUUGGAGGAUGAGAAAUCUGAGUUAAUGCUUCUUCUCUUUAUUCGAGGUCACUCCUCUUUGUUCUCUCUCUCUCUCUCUCUGCCUCUCUGGUGGUUCCUUCAGGCUGUUCGAGAAUUAGCUAGAUCGGUUGUUUGAUCGAUUACAGAUAACUCGCGCAGCCCGAGAAGGAAAGUAGAGAAGAGAGUCCUGAACCGCCAGACCAGAUAGGUAUUUGGUUGUCAGAGGAAACCAUGAAGAACAAAGAUAAAGAUGGAAAACCAUACCCUGAAAAAAGUUCCAGGGUGAUUCCUAUGACUUUAACGUUGGUUGUACUAUGUGGACUUUCAUUCUAUCUUGGUGGUAUUUUCUGCUCUGAGAAAAACAGAUUCCUUGCAAAGGAUAUCACUAAGGAUGUCACAAGACCAGUAAAAUCUUCAAAAGAAGUUAUAUCUACUACUCUUAAAGUUGAUCCAGUCUUGUUCCCUGAGUGUGGCAUUGACUAUCAAGAUUAUACUCCAUGCACAGACCCAAGGAGGUGGAGGAAGUAUGGUCUCCAAAGGCUUACUUUUAUGGAACGUCAUUGCCCUCCAGUGUUUGAAAGGAAAGAAUGCUUGGUUUCUCCACCAGAUGGGUACAAGCCACCAAUCAGAUGGCCAAAGAGCAGGGAUGAAUGCUGGUAUAGAAAUGUGCCCUAUGAUUGGAUUAACAAGCAAAAAUCUAAUCAAAACUGGCUGAGGAAACAAGGAGAGAAAUUCCUUUUUCCUGGUGGAGGUACAAUGUUCCCCAGAGGAGUUGGUGCUUAUGUUGACUUGAUGCAGGAGUUGAUUCCUGAGAUGCAAGACGGAACCAUCCGAACUGCACUUGAUACUGGGUGUGGGGUUGCUAGCUGGGGAGGUGAUUUGUUAGACCGUGGGGUUCUCACUGUCUCUCUUGCGCCAAGAGAUAACCACGAAGCUCAAGUUCAAUUUGCACUUGAACGUGGCAUCCCAGCAAUUUUGGGAAUAAUUUCUACUCAGCGGCUUCCAUUCCCUUCAAAUUCAUUUGAUAUGGCUCAUUGCUCAAGAUGCCUUAUCCCAUGGACGGAAUUUGGUGGAAUAUACCUCCUAGAAAUACACCGCAUACUCCGCCCUGGUGGCUUCUGGGUUCUGUCUGGGCCACCAGUGAACUAUGAGAACCGGUGGCGAGGAUGGAACACAACUGUGGAAGAGCAGAAAGCAGAUUAUGAUAAACUACAAGAGUUACUGACAUCCAUGUGCUUCAAAUUAUACAAUAAAAAAGAUGACAUUGCUGUAUGGCAGAAAUCUAAAGAUAAUAACUGCUAUAAUAAGCUUUCUACCCCUGAUGUCUAUCCUCCCAAGUGUGAUGAUGGUACUGAACCUGAUGCUGCAUGGUACACUCCUCUCCGCCCUUGCGUUGUUGUUCCAAGUCCAAACCUUAAGAAGCUGGGGUUGAAGUCACUCCCAAAAUGGCCUAAUCGGCUGCAUGUAGCCCCUGAACGCAUUGGAAGCAUUCGUGGCGGAAGUGAUGGUUUAUUCAAGCACGACGAUGACAAAUGGAAGAUGCGGGCCAAGCACUACAAGAAGCUACUUCCUGCAAUUGGGAGUGAUAAGAUAAGAAAUGUUAUGGAUAUGAAUACAGCAUUUGGAGGCUUAGCUGCAGCCUUGAUUGAUGAUCCCCUGUGGGUUAUGAAUGUUGUUUCUUCCUAUGCUGCCAAUACACUCCCAGUGGUCUAUGAUAGAGGAUUAAUUGGAACAUACCAUGACUGGUGUGAGGCAUUCUCAACAUAUCCUCGAACAUAUGAUCUCCUUCACCUUGAUGGGCUUUUUACUGCAGAAAGUCACAGAUGUGACAUGAAGUAUGUGCUCCUGGAGAUGGAUAGGAUUCUGCGUCCAAAUGGUUAUGCAAUAAUUCGAGAGUCCAGCUAUUUUAUGGAUGCCUUGACAACCAUUGCCAAGGGGAUGAGGUGGAAUUGCAGGAAAGAAAACACCGAGUAUGGUGUAGAAAAGGAGAAGGUAUUGAUUUGUCAGAAGAAGCUAUGGUACUCUUCUAGCAAAGAGUCUUAGAUAAAAAUAGCGUUAACCCAAUGAAAAUAGAAAUCGCUGGGAAGACUUGUAGAGGAAGUGAGAUAGAAGCAUAUAAUUCAGUGAAAGUGAAGAUGGAGGUCGCACAAAGUUUGCGGGUACACAGAAGAUUUCAAACUAUAAAGCCGAAGCCAUAGAAAUCAAAAUUGGAAGUUUAUUUCCUAAAUAAUCUGAUUCAUUAAGGUCUGGUCCCUGAUACAAGUAUAUUCUUUAAAGGCAGUCAACAAAGAGUAGAAACAUGUAAUUUUUCUUUUAUUCCUUUACUCUUUUUUCGCUCUUUUGCCUUUAUUUUCCUAUGAUAAUUUGGGAAAUUAGGAAGUGUAAUGGAUUUCAAGUGCUUCAAGUCAGCAGCAUUCGCUUAUCAAAAAAAAAAAAAAAUGGUCAGCAGAAUUUGCUUUUAUAUGUUGGGUAUUUGCUAAAAUGCGCUUGUGUCCAUAUUAAGAGUAGUUUCUGUGAAUGUGAAUUUUUCCCCUCAAUUGUCAAAUCUAAURUUAAUCUAGAUUGUCAAAUCUCAAAUGUUAAUGCUACA